UUCUAAUGUUGGCGCACAUGCUACGUACGUAAAAAAAACAACAAGAACAUGGCUAUAUUAGACAGCUGUUUAUCUUCCACGGGGGCAAGAUAGUAUGAGUGAUUUGUUGGUUGUGUUUCGUAAUCAUUUGUAAAUUAUUUUCUUUGGGUGUUAUGUUAGGGGGUACAAUUAUUCAAUAUAAUGAUUGUUUAUGCCUUGAUAGUUCGUACUGCAGACGGCAUGGCACUUUCUGCCACCACAGAUUUCAAUGAUGAAGUUAAUAGGAAUAUUAAAGAAAGUAAACGUUAUGUGAAGUUGCUUGCCAAAAAGGCGUACCAGUUUCCUGAGAGAUGUACACUGAAACUUAAUACACACACAAUCCACUUCAUAACGACACUCGGAUUGUCCUACUUUGCUAUGUGUGAGGCUACGUAUCCAACUGUUCUGGCAUUCAGCUUUCUGAAUGAAAUCAUGAGAGAAUUUGUUACAAAGUAUGAAUUGAAUAAAGUGAACCUUGUUCGUCGGCCAUAUUCAUUUAUAGAAUUUGACAGUGUUAUCCACAAGACCAGACAGCGCUAUAAUAAGCCACAGAGUCUAACAACAAAAAUCAACCUAACAGAUCUUAGCACAGAAAUAAAGUUGAGGCCACCACACAUAGUUCAGCUGUCCCAAGUGGAACCAGUCAUCAAUGGUUACCAGUCAAGCAUGAACCUUGCCAAGUUAUCAGUUGGCCCGCCUCCGAAGUUGGAGCCUUUGGCGUGGCAUGCCAUUGUAGCGGCCGUGUUUUCAGUGUUGCUUGCACUUGUCGGGUUCUAUCGAGGCUUGUCAGCACUGAGCGAGUUACAUCUUCAGGCGGGUCCGAUCACAGAAUAUGAUGGGCCCAACCCUGCACAUGCGUACGUGUUCCUCUGUGAGGCCGUUCUGCGAUGUUUCCAGGUUUAUCUCCUGCUGCUGCACUCACGGUAUCGCACAUUGGAGAGCUGGGUGGUGAUGGUGGUCCUGUGUCUGUUCACGGCGGUAGUGUGGGAGCUGCGAGACAACUGGCAGGUGGUAGCAUGUGUUGGGUCAGCGGUAGCGAUGCACGUCAGCGCGCUGAUACGUCGCCUGGAACCUAAGCUGCCGAACUAUAACGUAUGACAUACGGCGGUCUUCAAAAUGUGUACUCAGGUCUGUGUUUACGGGAUAUGCUGGCAAUUGAAUACGUGGGUUCUGGCCCGUGGGACACGAUAAUAAACAUGGCAAAGCAGACAACUGCACUGCGUUACUCUGUUGGCAUCGUUAUUUUUAUAGGACGUGCUGAAACAAGAGGAAAUGGAGUCUCCAUCUUCAGAUACGCACAAAUUAAAAUGAAUUCUUUGCUUAACCUUUGUUCUGCCACAUUGUGAAAAUUGUGUAUUGCCUACAUGAAAGAUGCAUGUGUCUAAGAAAAGUAAGCAGCAGUACGUGUUUGAAACAAAAUAUUUAGCAUUAUCGUGCUCUCUCUUUAGGCAAAUAUGAACAGCAUUCAGUAGAAAGCGAACCUCUAAGCAUCGGCCGUGCAGAAUCCUGACGUGCCCAGCAGAACAGUCGGGAAAUGUGAACUUCAUCCUUAGCGUACGUUAUAUCAUGUUUCGUUAUUAUAUUUUUAAGAUGUCAUAUGCAGCCUCGUCAUUACUUGUGCUCUUGAAUUGUGCGUUUUCGUGAAACUUAUCCAUCGUCACGUGUCCUCUGCUUAUCACUUGGUUGUAAGAAGUUGGUAUGAAUGUCACACUGAGAGGCAGACAGCGUGUGAAGGAUCCUGCCCACUUUGUGCGCUGAUUAUUCUUUCUUCAGUUUUUCUUUAAGCAACUUGAUUGUUGAUGCCAAUUUGGGACAAAGAAAUUCCAGUUGCUUCUAUUUCAGCGAAUCUUAAAGUUUAACUUCCCCGUCGUCUUUGUGGAAUUUACCGCAUGCUGAUUUGGAACUAAUUUCCUUUUAUUGUCGCUCAUUUCCGCCAGUGCCGUUACCACUGCUGGAAGCAUUCCCACUUGCCUGUCAUCUCAUCAAGUGCCGUCAUAACCUUCUUGUGUCUUUUACUGCGUGGAUCCCGCAUUCCUUUCAGGGCUUUUGCCCGUGGUAAUUGGCAGGGAGAUCGUGGAAUCGCGUGAGCCGGACGAGACUGGCGAACUCUGUGUCGCUGCUUCAACAGUCAUUGUGCCACCUUGAAUAAUGUCUGCACGUUCCGUUCCUGUUUUAAAAAUUAAUGAAAUGGACAAAUACAACUCCGAAGCAGCAUUAAAAGGCGUGUUUUGUUUUCACGUUUUCUCUGUCCGCGGCCCAGGUAUAAUUUGUGAUUUGUGUCACUUAUAUGACACUGCGUUUCCUGGUACAUUUGUUCUGUCAAAAACGUCGCCUGUUAAAAAAAAGUUACGACGUACAAAAAUGGUUUAUUUGUAUUUUACGUCGGCUGUGUUGACGAACAGUUGUCACUUGUGAGUAAUCCUCUGUACAGAUGCUUGUCUUUCAUUUCUCAUUCAUAGAUGGCUUCCAGCUACACAUUUACAGAAAAGUAGAAGCACGUGGCUUUAGAAUCUUCUGCUUGUGAAUCGUGCAAAACCAUUUUAUUGUAUAGAAUGUCUGAAUAGAGGGCAGUUGGCCCCAUUUCCGUCUUUGUAGAGGGGCGUUUAAAUCAAAGAUGUUCGAGCCAAGAUUCUUGAUCUAACUUCCCAUACAUUCCACUGUGAUGUUUUUAUUAACGUGUCAGACGCACCUGGAAAUACGUGGGUUUCCUCCGUAGCCCCGGGCAUUUUUGCCAAAGAGCCAAGUUUCUUUCGUCCAUAUUGAAAUAUCAAUAUUUUGAUACUUUUUUAUUUAUGAGAUCUGAGGGUUUCGCGAGGGCGAAAAUGUGGUUUGCGAGCUUCUGGAUGGCGACGCUGUGUAGAUGGUGACCAGUGUUUUGGAGGAACAUGUCACCUCCAUCUUCAUUGUAUAAAUUGCUGCUACUCAUCAUUGUGGAUCAAACUACGAGAAUUAAUGCCAAAAUCAGAUUGAACGUGUUAAGUUGAGGGUACUUAAAGAAAGUGGAUUAAGUUUCGGCAGCAUUUUCAUUCCUGCAAUCUUCUGCCUGCAACUGCAAGGGGGCUGAUCACUUUGUACUUUAUUCCUGUUUAAAUAGACUUGGGGCUGUAAAUUAUGUUGUCUGGGUAUCUUUUGCUACAGGUUUCUGUAUUUAAUUGAGAAUAAACAGAAUUUUGUUGC